AGGGUGGAUAUAAAAGAUUCUCUGUUUGACACGGCGCAACUUGAGAAAAAUCAUUCUCUCUCAUAAAACUGAAAUCACAAACCAAAAAAGAAAUACCAAAAAAAAGCAGAAAUGGCGGCGUAGGGGCCAGGUCUGCCGAUGAGAAGUGAGGUUAUUCAGCUUUACCGUUCGCUGCUGCGAGUGGGCCGUCAGUUCAGCGACUACAACAUCAGGGAGUACUCAAAACGUCGAACCAUGGACGCCUUUCGAGACAAGAAGAACUUAACCGACCCUCGUCGUCCGCCGCUUUCUCCGAUGGUAAAGCUCAGCUGGAGGUGGCCAAGAAACAAGCCCUCGUUUAUUCCCUCUAUGCUCCAAAGGUUCGGUUCGCUUGAGAACAGGGCCAUUAGAAUCAAGGGAAGCUACAACAUGCACACUAGCAGGGUCAUUCAAGUAUCAGAAAAGUACAAAGAAAGAUGCAACGAUAACUAUUAAAGAGGUGUAGAUUGAAUCAUACAGGAGGGGGAUUCAUUUUGGAGACUUCAAGAUAGUGUUCUUUGAGGGAACGGACCAAUAGACAAUCAACGGCCACUGCCGCUGAUACCGCCUACCAGUGACUGCACCUCUUGUUGCUAUCAGCGGUCACCAGUACUAAUGUGA